AUGCUCCUCGCCGAGGUGGCCAUCCUGUCGGCCGUGCCGCCGCAUCCCGGCCUCGUGCGGCUGCUGCAGGUGGCGUGUACGCCGGCAGCGGUGGCGCUCAAUCUCGAGUACAUUUGCGGCGGAGACCUCUUCGCCUACAUUCUGGAGGCUGGUGGGCUGGACGAGGCCGAGGCGCGGCCGCUCUUCGCGCAGAUUGUGGCCGCGCUCGAGCACCUCCGCGCGCACGGGAUCUGCCACCGUGAUGUCAAGCCUGAGAACUGCUGCUUCGCCGACCCGAUGCGGCGAGUGAUCAAGGUUGUGGACCUUGGCGCCGCCGCAUUCAUCUCUAGCGCCGGCUUCACCUCUCUCGCCGGAACGCCGCUCUAUGCGGCUCCCGAGAUCUGUCCCGUGAGCGGCUCUCUGCAGCCGUACGGGGCGGAGGUGGACCUGUGGGCGUUGGGAGCCACCCUCUACGUCAUGCUCUCCGGCGAGCCGCCCUACGACCAAUCGCUCGAGGAAAGGAUCUCCCGCGCCUCACCCUACGUCCUGUCCUCAUCAGGCGUGCCAAUGUCCUCCGCGGCGUGGCGCGGUGUCUCGAACGAGGCCAUGCGGCUAAUCCUGAGCCUCAUGUCACGCCGCCCGGAGAGCCGCCCAGCCUACGCUGCGGUUCGGGCGCAUCCGUGG